AUGUCCUCACACUUGCCGAUACCUUCUCACCAGGAUCUCAAUCUGAAUCUGCCCACUCGUCAACACGUGCCCACCUUAACGAGACGGGAGAAGCAAGAUGUAAUACGACAGCGGUAUCGUCACUGGAAAACAUCUCAUCCAUCAAAACGUGCGGCGCCUGACUUGUUGAUACGUAGCCUCGCAGGAGCUGCACUUCGCGUCGCUGUCAUUGAUGACGGUGAGGUGAGCACUGUACGAAUCGAUGUCGCCGUGGUUGACCGGCAUUCCAGACUUAUCGGGCUUCCACUCAAAACCAACUUUUAUGACGAGCUCAUCUUCGCAGCGAAGGCCAGCAACGUCUUCGCCGUACUCGGUGCUGCAGACGGGUCAUUAGCGUGGAGGAGUAUCCACGGCGGUGACGACCCUAUCAUGACAUUCGACAUGUACGACGACUCAAAUGUCGCAAUGCUCUCUGGACUUGACACACGAAGUACAACACACAGCGACCACAGCAGGGCGUGUUUCGGUCGCGGGGGCACGGGACUCUUUGCGCUCGCCAAUGGCGAGACGGUUCGUCGCUUCGGCCACCCGUCUGACGACGUCGCGCGUGCAUGGAGCUCUAUUCUUACGACACCAGACGCCAUCUGCGCGAUUAGUCCCGCCAUGCCCAAGGCAGCGUACCAUCUCCCCGCCACCAGUCUGUUCAUAGGCAACGGGUCCACCAUCGCAUUUGUCAACAUCACUGUAAACCUCGGAAAGCACGUGCUCGAUUUUAUCCUCCUUAUGCCAGACAUCGGACUCGCGGAGGCGGGACAAGACGGGUCUGCCCAUGCCUUGAGGUACAAUGGUGAGUCCUUACGACCGUUACGGGAUCUUACCGACGGGUACCUUCCGCGCCAGCCACCUUUGGCUGCGCUGGCCGAACAGAGGAGGUUUGGUUUCUCCCUUCGAGACGACUGGCGUGCUGCGUUUAUAACGACAACUUACGACAUCUAUGCAACAAGCAACCACUGGUAG